CCCCUGGGGAGGGCUGGAGGAGGGGGCCAGGUCCGUGGCCUUCUGGCGAUUUGCCCCCUGUGGGCUACCUUUUGCUGACUCGCCGGUCCUUGGCAGCAACAGGCAGGACAGAGCCCCUGGAGCCCCGCGCAGUCUGCCAUGGCUUUUAGGAAGAAGCAAUUCCUUCGGGGAAAUCGGAGACCAGCCACUCAUAACCAUCCAAGUAGUAGCUCCCUGGCUUUGCCGCUCCCUCAUCCCCCUGCUAGAAGAACACCGGAGCUGCAGCAAAGAGGGGACAGGAUGGAACUGGUAUUUCCAGGGAUAGGACACCCUGUCCGGUUCCAACACAGUUUCUCCUCUCUCCAGUCGUGCCCCUGCAGAGCAGGAGUGGAGUCGCUGAGGAGGCGCUCAGGGAAGUGUGACCCGGGACGGAGAAGUUGCCAGCAGAGACUUUGGACAGCCCUGGAGGACUGGAGUAGCCUUUGAGCUAACAGAGAAGACUUCCCCAGAGGCGUGGCUGUUGGAUCCCAGCCCCUGUGAGUCCCUCUCCACCAGAUGUCCGGGACCGGGAAAGUCCAGAGCUGAAUCUGAUGGCCCUGGCCCCGGGUGGGCUGCGCACGGAGCUGGAGGAGGAGCUGAAGCUGAGCAAGGAGGAAUUGCGCAGCUAUGCCUGGUACCAUGGCUGCUUGCCACGCCAGGAGGCCGAGUUGCUACUGCAAAAGGAUGGUGAGUUCUUGAUCCGAGACUCGCGCUCCAGCCCUGGGGACUACGUGUUAGUGUGCCGCUGGGAGGGCACCGCUCUGCACUUCAGGAUCAUCAGGGUGGUCCUGCGCCCUCGCCAGGGCCGGCCUCGGGCCCUCUUCCAGCUGGAGCAGGAGCUCUUUGACAGCUUGCCUGCUUUGAUCUGCUGCUACGUGGGCAACCGGCGAUUCCUCUCCGAGGCCUCGGGGGCUAUGGCCUUGAGUCCCGUCAACCGCCUAGUUCCCCUGCGCUGCAUCGAGGAGCUCCACAGGGACCAAAUGGGCAGCGCCAACCCUCGCCGUCGGAGUCUGAGCGGGGACACCCCUGGGGAGGUGGUGGCAGCGGCUGCGGCCAAGGGGAGCCUGCUCAGGAGCAAGGACAGGAGUGGCAGCCACCCGGCUGGCCUGGAGCAGCUGGGCCGGAGACCCUCACUGUACAGUGCCCAAUCGGAGGGCAACCUGCUGACAGGUAACCACAUGGUGGGACCUGAUCGGGACCAGCUCUCCCAACCCCCAGCUUCGCCCCUUUUCCGCACGGGCAGUGAGCCCGUACUGCUAGCCCGAGCCCAGCCAGUCUCAGUUGAGGGGGCAGCCCUACGGGGCUCAGACGGGCAGCUGCACUGCAAACCUCCCCCCAAGCCUCUGCGUGUUUCCUUGCUGCUGGAGCCCAGUGAGCCGCAGGCCACCUACUGCGAGCUGGUGCCACGGGCACCCGCUCCUGUCCGCAGCCAUACGGACCGACUGGGGACAGAAGAGCGGCGGCGCCACCGGGCCCGGGCCACCGAGACUGCCUUUGGCUUCCUGGAAGCCGAGCUGGGGCUGCCCGCCUGCCAGGAGGAGGAGGAGGAGGAAGGCAAAGGCUUUGUGCGGCCAGACGUGGCGGCUGCCUCCUCUUUCCAGCCCCGGGCUUUCCCCUUGCUGCUGCUCAGCCCAGACAACCGGCCCCUGGAGAUCAGAGCCCUUCAGCGACUCAAGGACCUCUUCUCCCAGCAGGACAGCCGUACCACCGCCCUGCACCUCCUACAGAUGGACUGUCAGGCCGCUCGGAUUCUUGGGUUGACACGGGAGCAGAAGCAGGCGAUGGGGGUGUGGUCGGGGCUGGAGCUCAUUACGCUGCCCCACGGGCACCAGUUGCGGCUGGACCUGCUAGAGAGGCACCACCUGCUGGCCCUGGGCAUUGCAGUGGACGUACUGGGUUGCACAGGGCCUGUGGGGGAGCGGGCAGCCACUUUGCAUAAGAUCAUCCAGCUGGCACUGGAGCUCAAAAGUGGGGCAGGGGACCUGUUUGCUCUGUCAGCUAUCAUGAAGGCCCUACAGCUGUCUCAGAUCACCCGCCUGGAGCAGACGUGGCGGCAGCUGCGCCAGGACCAUACGGCCAGUGCCCUGGCCUUCGAGAAGCAGCUCAAGCCCUUUGUCAAGGCCUUGGAUGAGGGGGCAGGAGGUGGGCCACCGGGACAGGUUGUGGUCCCACACCUGCUGCCCCUGAUGAGGCUGAUGGAGGGAGAGGAUCUGUGGGGUCCCCAGGCGGAGAGCUGUGAGCUGCUGUACCAGACGUUCCAGACUGCGCGGGCCGUGGCUGCCCAAGCGACCCAGUACCAUGCUGCAGCUGAAGCCAAACUGCAGGGCUUCCAGCCGAUCCCCGAGCUGGCCGAAGCCUUCCGCACCGAGUUUGCCUUGCGCUUCUUCUGGGGGAGCCAGGGAGCAGAGGCUACGCCGGCUGAGCGCCACAAAAAAUUCAACCAGAUUCUCACUGUGCUCUCCUACAAACUGGAGCCCGAAGGUUGAGGGAGGGGAGGCUAGCUUCCCCCUCCUUCCCCGCAACCCAGGCUCUGGGCUCUGAGUGGUGGGAUGAAGGGGGUUGAGCUUGGCUCUCUGGAGUGGGACAGGGACCUCCAACCGUGGAAUACAGGGUGGGGUCUAGUUGAAGGGCCACCCCCUCCCCCAGCCCACCAACGAGUGGGAAGAAUAAGUCUCCAUCCCUAGCUCUGGCUGGAGCCUACAAAGUCCACAGCCAGCCUGGGCUCAAAGGUAGAAGCCCGGGCAUGAGGCCCAACCCGCUUGGCCAGCUCAGCUCGGUUCUGCUGCUUCCUGACUCCUCCUCCAUCCCCACAGCCGCCCAAUUUUACCAGCCCCUGUGCAGGGCUGCUGCUGGAACCCCCAUUUCCUCCCCCUGGCUGGCCCUGGCCCUCAGGCUCAGACCGGCUUCUGGAGCUGGGGUGAACGCAAGGCUGGAAUCCCUGGACUCACUUACAUCCCAUUAUCCAACAGUCUCGCUGGGUUAGCCAGCCCCAAACUGCACAAGCAUUGGGCCGUCAAGAGAGGUAACAGGCUCAGGCCCAGCAGGCUGCCUUGCUCUCUCCCCCCCCUUUUUUUGUACUAAUG